GGAACAUUUGGAGGAAAUGGGUGUUGAGAACUCCUCCUAAAUGCAACUACACAUUCCGACUCUGUACACUUCUCUGAAAGUUUUGGAGCUCAAACAUCUGCAAGGAAAAAAGGGCAGCGAAAUACGACGGAAGCAACAGAGAAAAUAAAAGUCUGAGGACCGCUGAGGUUUAAGGAAUCUAACCGCGGUCAUGGCCUGUCUGCUCGUCUCCCUAACUGUGCUACAUUUGGGCACGUUGGCCAUGCUCCUCAUCGCCACACUGGAGAAGUCCUGGUGGAUAUGGGCAGACUCAGAAAUCUCUGACCUCUGGUAUAACUGCUACCAUGAUAAUGUCACAAAUACCUGGCUGUGUGCUGCUACUAAUGAAAGUGACUGGCUGCAGUCUGUCCAGGCCCUCAUGGUCCUCUCUGUGGUCUUCUCCUCCAUCUCCUUCCUGGUUUUCCUGGGUCAACUGUUCACCAUGUCCAGAGGAGCUCUCUUCUACUUCACUGGCCUCUGUCAGGCCUUUGCAGGUUUCACGGACUUCGCUGCAUGCCUCAUCUUCACCUUCCACAGAAAGGAGAUCUUGAACGACUCCAGAGACCUGAGCAGAGGGCGCUUUGGCUACUGCUUCAUCCUGGCCUGGCUGUGCGUCCCUCUCCUCCUCGUGAGUUCAGUCCUCUACAUCCACCUGCGCAAGAAGCAGUGAGGGAAACCACAGAAAUGGAAACUGGAUUAUGGAUUAUGGCCAUCUGAUCUCUCUUCAUCCUCUUCAGUUUAACAGUUGGCGCAAUAUAGGAUUGAGAAUUAAGUUGCUUUUUAUUUCUGAAUCAACGUCCACGGCCCCACAUACUUCAACACGUGGUGUGUGGGACAUUGGGUUAUUAUGGUGACGUCUCGGUCUGAGAGGCAUGUCUUUGGAGCACAGACCACAUCUAAAAAAUAAAAUAAAAUAAAAUAAAAAAAA